GCUACACUGUUGAGGCCUACUUCCGCUUUCCGGUCCGUUCUCAGCCUUUCUAUUGUAGAGUUUGCGGGUAGGAGACGUGGUUUUCUCGUGAUCGGAUUUCAUCCGCGUUUUCUUCUAGAAAUUCUCAGGAGAAACUACCAAGAUGCCUCCUAAAUUUGAUCCCAAUGAAAUAAAGAAAGUAUUUUUGCGAUGCGUUGGUGGUGAGGUAGGAGCUACUUCAUCCCUUGCCCCUAAAAUCGGUCCUCUUGGUUUGUCCCCGAAGAAAGUUGGCGAUGACAUUGCCAAGGCUACCAGUGAUUGGAAAGGUUUGAAGAUCACAGUCCAGCUGACUAUUCAGAACAGACAAGCUACAAUCUCGGUCGUGCCGUCCGCUGCUUCCUUGAUAAUCAAAGCUCUCAAAGAGCCACCCAGGGACCGCAAGAGGCAAAAGAAUAUCAAGCACAGUGGUAAUCUGACGUUCGACGAUAUCGUUUCCAUUGCCCGUGCCAUGAGAUCGAGAUCGAUGUCGCGAACGCUGGGCGGUACCGUCAAAGAAAUAUUGGGUACCUGCCAGUCGGUGGGAUGCACCGUGGAAGGCAGACCACCCCAUGAUCUCAUAGACGACAUCAACGCCGGAGAACUGGAAGUUCCGGAGGAGUAAUUGUUGAUUUUGUAAGGCGCGGACAAUAAAAAAAAAUACCUUAAAACGGAAUUGAAUGCGUUGCAAUUUCCUUAUGCUAUGUAUAGUGCCUUAUCCAUUUUUAUUUUUUAAGUACACAUAAUACACAAUUGUAUUAGCGUUAAAUUGAGCAUGAUCGAGGCUCUAUCCCAAAAUAUUUCGCAGAUUUACAAGCGAUUCUUCAUAAACUUAAUAACAUGAGAGUGUUAGAAAGUUGAUUAAUCUGCAAACAUUUUUCUUGUUGGAAUUUCUGCAAUAUAAUGUAUUCAAAUUUUAUACAUUUA